CUUCCCGCCCGCUCCUCCCACAAUCCCCCUGGCGGCGGCAGCAGCGCAAUGGCGGCUCUGGCGUCUCUCGGUGUGGCCUUGCUUGGGAAGGGGUUGGCAGGGCUGCUCAGCUGCCCGCGGGCCGUGAGCUGCAACAACUUGUGCAUAGCAAUACGGAGAUUAUCAUUGGAUAAGCCCCCCAUCAUCCCUCCGAAACGGCCGCUCACUGCUUACCUGCGUUAUGUGGUGGAGCAGCAGCCAAUCCUGAUAAACGAAAAACCAGAUCUCACCGUGACAGAAAGGAUUAAAUGCAUUGCUCAGGGUUGGAGACAGUUAACAGCAGAUCAGAAGCAACCAUAUGAAAUUGCAGCAAAUGAUGGUAGAGUGAAAUAUAGGUCGGAAAUGGCAGCUUUCAAAGCUCAACUCACUCCUGCUCAAUUAGAUGCUCUGAAGGAAGAAAGGAGGCACAAGCUGGCAAAACGGAGCACGAUGAGGCAGAAGCGAAAGCUUACAAUGUUGGGAAAGCCUAAACGUGGACGGUCAGCUUUCAAUAUCUUCAUGGCGGAGAAGUUUGAGGAUGCUAAAGGUGAAACUUCGAAGGCAAAGCUGAAGAAUCUCUAUGAUAUAUGGCUAAAUUUAUCAGAUUCUCAGAAACAGAUGUACAAUCAACUGGCUGAGGAUGAUAAAAUCCGUUACCAGAAUGAAAUCAAGUCCUGGAAGGAACAUAUGAUUGAGACAGGACAUGAAGAUGUUAUUCACACAAAGAGGGAGCAGCAAAGAGCUCAAAGGUCACUAAGAGCGAAGGCAGAAGCAAAAUCAAAUCAAACUGCGUUGCAAGCAACUUCUAGAAAAGCUGAAGCCUCAGCUUCGAAAACAGAGGCAGCAGAUAGGCGCAAGAAAAAAUUUGAAGAAUAAGUUUUUUUAAGUGAGCUAUUUUUCAUUGACCACACUGCUAGCUGUUGAAAACUGACUACUAUUCCAGCUAUUCAAGAAUGGAAUAUAAUCCUGAAUGAUUUUGUCAGGUCUGUGAACUUCUCUACAGAGAAACAAUUUGUGAUACCAGAUACACAGGGGCCUGUGUUCCAGUUACUUUAUGGAAAUUUAGUAUAUGUAGUCUAAGUAAAUGUGAGGAGCCUCUUGGCUUCAGUUGAAGGGAUGUUACUUAACAAUUGUAAAUAUACAAGUGUCAUCUGAAAUCAUGUUAAAAUCAUUCUUGUGAUCUACAUAUUUUGGAAUUAGAGAGCUCCCUUAUGGACAGGAUCUGUCAUGCAUUUUUUGUUUUACACAAAUUUUGUUUUAUGAACUGAAUGACUGCAACAAAUUAUCUGCUGAAGAAUCUUCAAUUAUGUUAUGUAAAUAAAUAUUCAAAUUUGCAUAAAAUAUUUGUAAAAUGUUCUCUGCAAUUAAUGUUGUAAAACAUUCCAUGGUAUUUAAUCUGGGAGAGAAAUGUAUGGGGCUAAGUUAGCAAAGCCACAAGAGGAAGACUUGCCUGCAGGGUGGAGUUUUAGGUAAGACUGAACCACAGGGUCUUCCGGCUUGCCCCUCCACCCCAGAGCAUCCUCUUGGCAAGCAUGUAGUCAUUAGAAAACGAAGUUGAAGAUCUCAGCAAGUGUAAGGAGUCUGUAUGUUCUCCCCAUGUCUGUGUGGGUUUCCUCUGAGUGCUUUGGUUUCCUCCCGCAGUCCAAAGAUGUACUGAUUAGUUGGUCAUUGUAAAUUGUCCUGUGAUCAGGCUAGUGUUAAUGUAGGUGGGUUGGUGAGCGCUGUAGCUCAUUGGGCUGGAAGGGUGUGUUCCACACUGUAUCUCUAAAUAAAUAAAACCUUGGCAUCUGUACCUCCCACUGCAACUGGAUAGUUGACUUCCUCAUUGGUAGACCUCAAUCAGUCAGGACUGGUAAUGAUAUCUACUCGCUAAUCAUCAAUACAGAUGCACCGUCAGGCAAGUUGUACUCUAUACACACAUGACUGUAUGGCCAAGCACCACUCCAAUGUCAUCUUCAAAUUAAAUGGUGUCACCACCGUUGGAUGAAUCUCAGAUAGCAAUGAGUCAGCUUACUGGAGUGAGCUUGGACACUUGGUUGAGUGAUACCUGUUCUGACCUCCAGAGGCAGUUUGUUUUGUAUGAACAUUCCUUCCUGUACGAAACAUUUUUAUAUAAUUCCCUGCACAGGUUAAUUUGGAUUUUGAUUUGAAGCACACAAUGGAAAGAUAGGGGAGGGAAGGAGAAGGUGGCAGCGCGAUGCAGCGUGCGCGGCCAGUCCGAAAUGAUAUCGUAUUUGUAAGUAGGAUGCCGUGCACAAUCCUGAUUUGAUGGAGGCAGACGUGAGAAACACGGAGGAACAUCUACAGAAACUUCUGAAAUGCCCACUUUGCUGCCACUGCUACUGUGCAAUCGAGAAUCUCCGGAGUGGAAGGCCCCAAAUCCUCGGCUUUGCCUAUUGCCUGUUGCCGGGGCCGGGGUCUAAUAGCUCAGCAGAGAUGGUGCUCGAUGUCGGAGGCUCAAAGUUUUCGAAUGGACUGUGGUCGGGUGCUUCCAGGGUGCUGCAUCGGCAAGUUUGCAGUGCUGGAAGUUCAUGGCAGGGAGAGUUUUUCUUCCUCCUCUGUCUGCGUGAAAUUAUGGGACUUUCAAGAGACUUUGAGAUUUUUUUUUUGUGUGCCCAUGAUCUGUUCUUACCAAAUCGCGGUAUUGCUUUGCACUGUUGUAACUAUAUGUUAUAAUUAUGUGGUCUUUGUCAGUUUUUCAGUCUUGUUUGUCUUGUGUUUCUGUGAUAUCAUACCAGAGAAACAUUGUAUCAUUUCUUAAUGCAUGCAUUACUAAAUGACA